UUACAAUUUGAGUUAACCGAACAGUCAGAAUUACUUGACCAAUUUGACCAUGUUGAAUAUGUUAAACAAUCAGAACAGUCUAAUUCAAAUAAGAUUUACAAUACAUUUGUUGAAAAUUCUGUAAAUGCACCUGCCAUUUUAAUUAAAGAAUUAAUACCACCUACAAAA